CCGUCGCCAGCGGCCGGACGCGGGCACGGCGGCGCUGGGGGCGUUUGGCGUCGGCACGGGCUGCUCGGCGAGCGGCGGGCUCGGGCCGGCAGGGAGCCUCGCUCAAGUGAAUCUAACCCGGUUAUAAGGCGUGUGUGCUUGGCCAGCAUGUCCGGCGAGCUGGCCCAAAGUGUCAUCAAGAGAAUAAUCCGCCAGGUGGGCCUGGAGUGCGCUGCCCGGGGACAAAGCCUCUCGGAAACCUUGGUGGCCUUCGUGGUGAAAGCUGUUGUUUUAGAUCCAAGAAAUGAUUUUAAUAUGGAUCGAAUACUUACAGAAAACGAUAUGCAAGAUCUUAUCCAGCUCUGUGUUGCCAGACUGCUUGACACAACAAACCCAUCCCUAAGCACAAUUAAGAUGCAAGUUUACUUUGAUAUGAACUAUGCAAACCGAGAUGAAUUACUGAGUGAGCAGGAGCGUGUUCUGGAAGGAAAACUAGCUCCUGUAGUUAGAGCCAUCACAGAGAGUGGUCCACGUGUGCAAGAAGAAAUGGAGAAUGUGUAUCAAAAGGUCGUUAUCUAUGUGCUGCUGAGAUCUGGCCUGGGAUCCCCAACAGAUAUUGAGGCUGUCAGGGAGGUAACAGCUGCCUUGCAGAGUGUAUUCCCCCAGCCAGAGAUGAUUACUUUCCUCUCACUCAGCAAGAAGGACAAAGAGCAACAGCUGAAAGAUCUUGCCAUGCUAGUGACAGGAAUUCGUUUGUACAACAAGCAGUGCCAGAAAGGAGGAAGUGGCAUUGAUGACUUGCCAGGCAUCCUGAACAAAGCCAUUCCAUUGGCCACGCGGACUCUGGAUGAGCGUCUGAAUUCCUGCCAGCUGCUAGCCCACCACUACACAGCCCUGCUGGAAGCCAUGCAGGAAGAGCCCCAGAGGUUCUCCAGGCUUAGGUUCUUUAAAUUAAAAGAAGCACUGUUCAAUGUGAGACAGUAUGAAGCCUUCCUUUGCAUCCUUCAGUCUAAUGCAAUUACAAGUGCUCAAGAAGUUGAAUCAUUGGAUGUUCAGUUUGAAGCAGCAAUGAUGGUAUUGAAAAACACAGUGCAGGAUAAGACUUCCAUAGAGUCCAGAAAAGUUUUUCCUCUGUUUAUGGAACUUUCCAAGCUUUGGACUGGCUUUCAGCAUGAAAUGCUACUGCUAAACUUCCUCACAAAUAUGGCUGACAAUCUACAACAAUUCUUGGAAAUCCAAUCACAGCUUUUUCCAGAGGAAAUGUUAACAUCUCUUCUGGAAGGAGUGACUGUGAAAAGUGAUGUGGAAAGGAUAAAAGAAACCGUGGGAACCAGAGUGAAUGUUUCUGAUUUCAGGAACCAAGAAUGGCUUUUUCCAGAGACUACUGAUAAUUUUGAUCAGUUGCUGAUCCAGUACCAUGGUUUCUGUGCAUAUUCAAUUGGUGUGAAAGGUAUUACCCUACCAGGAAAUCCUGCUAUUGGAAUUUUGAAGCACAAGGAGAAAUAUUAUGUUUUCAGUUCAAAAGAAGCUGCAUACAUCUUUGCUCAAGAUCCAGAUAAGUUCAUUCAGUUGAAUGUAGAAAAAGCAAAAAAAUAUGCAGAACUAAUUCAACUGCUUGAGCUCCAUCAUCAGUUUGAAUACCUUGUCCCACAUGCACAGGCCAGAAAGGCAAGCAAAGGUUCGAUGAAACCACCCCCAAAAUGUGAGAGUGGUACUCAAACUGAUACUCAUAUCUUGCCUCCAACUAUUGUGAGAUCCUAUGAAUGGAAUGAAUGGGAACUGAGAAGAAAAGCUAUAAAAUUGGCCAACUUGCGCCGCAAGUUAACUCAUGCCAUGCAGACUGAUCUCAGCCACAUGAGAAGAGAGAACUUCACCCAAGUGUACUUGCCAAAAGAUGUUGGCACCCAGACUAAGCGUGACAACUCAAGCAAUGUACCCAAACCCCAGAUUUUCCUGAAAGGUCUCCGAGGAGGAUCAUCUCCCACUACUCAUGUGCUCACAGUAGACUUAACAAGACCACUGGAUGAAACAUAGGUGAAAAUGAGAAACCUGAAGACACAUCUUGCACGUGUAUAUAAAAAUCCCUGAAUACUUCUGAAUUUAGACACUAAAGAUUUUGCCGUGUCUGUUGAUUCCAGGAACAGUUGGUCUGUUUAAUUUAUCUUAUCUGUUGGGACUGCUGACUGGCAUUAAGUGACAGAAGUGAUAAGCCUGAAGCACAGAUUUUAAAUAGCAAUUUAGAAUCAAGAUGUUCCCAAGGACUUUCACUUCCAACAUUUAAAUAUGUAGCAUUCUGGGAUUUUACUGAAAUUUGAAUGCAACAAUUGCUUGUUGAAAUACUGUCUUUAAAUGAAAAAACUUACCCUGGGAGAGUCACUCAAAGGUCACAGCUCCAGCCUUAGAGCAGAAUUGUCAAGAAGGCAAAACCAACAAAAUGAAACCAGUCUGGGUGCUUGGGCCUGUCUGUUUGUGCUGGUGUUAACCCAGCCCAGUGAGCGUAGACCGAGGCUGGCAGGUUGAGAAGAGGGCAUCUGUCUUGGGUGGUUCUGGCACCCUUUUAUGUCUCCAGCAAUUUCUUGGCUAAACAGUGUACUGGUGAGCACACUGCAAGCCAUAGGAGCUUGACUUCAGGGGACCUCUCUGAAAGCUCUGUUUUGCUUGUGUUUGAGAACUAAAGCACAACAGAGAAAAAGUUUUUAGCUUUAUGUCAUUGUGGCAAAGAAAUAUGUGCCGGGUCUGAUCAACAACUGCAGAUGGUAUUUCUGUUUGUGAAAACCCGAAUUAUUUGAGCUUCAGGAUGAAACAUCUUCUCAAAUGGAAAUGGGGUACUUUAAAACAGAUUCUUUUGAUGACAAUAAAGACGUCCUUAAGCUGCUAUCUGCACAAUGUCCAGAUGCACAACUGUGAUUGCAUAGGGUGUGCUAAGGUUUCUAAAUCUCUUUUUUUCGUGUGUGCAUUGUGAUGCAGUGUGGUUUCCUGGCUGGUAGUUGGACAAGCUUGUGACAAUGAAGCUCGAAGAUUCAAGCUGCUGAGUGAUUUUUCUGUGGCAUUGUGCAGGAUAGCAUUCUCUUGUUGUUUUUCAAAGUAUCUGGCUUCACUUUUUAAAGUUACACAACAGGGACAAAUCACCAAAGCAUUAUUAAAAAAAGCCCAAAGGAGCGUGAGGAGAGAGCACUAAGCAAGAACUUUUCUAAAUCGUUUCUGACUACGUGAUUUUCUCCUUUGGGAAAAUAAACUAAUCAGUAGCAGCUAGCUGUGCUGCUCCUCCAUGUUUUUAAAUUAUGAAUGGGCACCAAUGAUUCGAUUUAUUAAUUAAAAUAUCAAUGAAAUUA